GUUAUAAAAGGAGGCGCUGUCUCCGCAUUAUUUGAUUGGAACCAUGUCUCUGCGACCGAGGCUUUUGCAUCUUUUGGGGAAACAAGCCGGGGCUUUUCCCAAACAGAAACGUUCGGCCCACUCCCUGGGUCUGAUCGGUGCUCCAUUCUCCUAUGGCCAGAAGCGGCGAGGAGUCGAAGGUGGGCCCCAAGCAAUCAGGGACGCCGGGUUGGCCGAUCGCUUAUCGUCUCUGGGUUGGAAACUGCAUGACUACGGAGACUUGAAAUUCACCACUGUACCAAAUGAUACAUCAUAUAAGAAUGUUCACCACCCAAGGACAGUGGGUUUAGCAAACCAGACAUUAACAGCAGCAAUAAGUCGAGCAGUUGGGGAAGGUCACAUAAGUGUUAUGCUUGGAGGAGAUCACAGUUUAGGAAUUGGUUCUGUCCACGGGCAUGCCCAACAACGUCCAGAUUUGGGUGUCAUCUGGGUGGACGCACACUGUGAUCUAAACACGCCCCUUACAUCCCCUUCUGGUAAUCUGCACGGACAGCCAGUGUCAUUCCUUAUAAAAGAGCUGCACGACAAGAUCCCAUCACUUCCUGGAUUUUCUUGGGUCACUCCUUGUAUAUCUGCAAAGGACCUGGUUUACAUUGGAGUACGGGACGUUGAUCCUGCUGAACACUAUAUCCUGAAACAUCUUGGCAUCAAAUACUUCUCAAUGAAAGAAGUGGAUCAACUUGGAAUACAGAAAGUAAUGGAAAAAACAUUUGAUCAUCUCAUUGGAAAAAAAAGACCAUUGCACCUGAGCUUUGAUGUUGAUGCUAUUGAUCCAUCUUUAGCUCCCGCUACUGGGACUCCAGUGAUUGGAGGGCUAACUUAUAGGGAAGGAAUGUAUAUCGCUGAAGAAAUCUACAACACUGGAAUGCUAUCUGCAAUGGAUCUAGUGGAAGUUAAUCCUAAACUUGCAAAUACAGAAGAAGAACUGAAUGCCACAGUAAAUAUUGCCGUGGAUGUUAUUUCUUUUUCUUUGGGACAAGCACGGGCAGGAUCGCAUGGCAAAUGUAGUGAAAUACCAACUCCCGAUUCUGCAGAUGAAACAAGUGAACAGACUGUACGGCUUUAGAACUGACAAAAGACAAGUUGGCUGUUACAACAACCCCAUCAUUCAGAACUCUGAGAGAAAGGACUUUGGGGCUGGGGGGAUCUUGUAAAAACGUUCCGGUCUUUGUUCUACAUACUUUCAUUUUGGGAUUCUCUAAUAGGGCAUUGUUCUCUGACCAUCGGCUGACAUCCCACUUCUCUACAAGGUAUUACGAACAACCUUCAGCUCUGAGCUUUCCAAACAUUCCAGUAUGAAUAGGAUUGGAGCCAAUACCCUAUUCAACUAUCUGGAGAGAGAUCUGGAUCACUCGAAGCAUCACCUCUGGCAGAAGAUGUAAAUCUGCUGGCAGAAAGGCUCUGUUCUUGUAUGUUAAAACUGUGAUUGGUACUUCUCCUUCCAAAAUGGUCGAGCAUACUUUUUAAAUGACUUGACCUCAACAGAAACAUGUUCAAGCCCCUUAGGACAUGUUACAUAUCAAAUGACUUUAUUAAAAUUUUGUGCACAUCA